AUGGAGAGUAACGGGAAAAGUGUUUCAAUUGAUGGCGUGCCUCUUCCCUUUGAGACUGGUGAAAUUGAUUUUGGUGAACCAGGAACAAAUGGCCAGAAUAGCUUUUACCAAUUAAUUCACCAGGUAACUUGCGUGUUCUGUUCCAUAUAUUGGUAAAUAAAAAUUGAUAAUGCCCUUAUAAGUGGGAAAUUCUCCUACCUGAUUUGCCAUCCGGUGUUUCUUUGAAGUUGAGGAAGAUUUCUUGUCUGAGGCUGGUGAGUAGUUUGCGAAUGUUUUUUCCUCUGAACAUAUAGUAUUAACAUUUUGACCAUUUUUCAGAGGUGUUAUAUAGAACUUGAAUUGCUUAAUGUCUGUGAAGAAUACAGAACUGAUUGCCAGGUUGCUGCUGUGAAUGUAUGUGCACUAAAUUAUGUUUCGCUUGUAUAUAUUUUUCCAUGUUGUAAACUCUGUCCCUAUUACCCAUCUUCUUGGAACUUUCAGGGGCGAGUAAUUCCUUGUGAUUUUAUUGGUGUUGUGAAGAGUCAGCAACCUGUGUACCUUAAAGGUACCUCAUUCUUUUUUCCCCCUCUCUUUAUUGGCCACAAUUUCUUAUCUCAGUAUUGCCAAAACAAGUUUACUUGAAUGGCUUGGUAAAGGUGGUCUGUAGAUCCCUUAUUUUCUUGAUGGUGUUUCUAUCCAUUACAAAAAUUUUCAUUGAAUUGUGUUGCAGGUAAAGUGGUGAGUAACCACGAUUUGCUUAUGGAAAGGUAAGAUGGAUGCUUUUCCAUAACCUUGCUAUUUCCCCCCAUUGAUAUCUACUUUCAAUUUUUUGUCUAGCCAAUAGUUCUCUAAAUUGCCAUUUUGCUUUUGUGCAAAAAAACAAAAUAUUAAUAAUACUAAUAGUAAUAAUAAAUGAAAAGAAGCAGCCGCAACCAUCAUGAAGAAUCCUUACGGUGAUUUUGUGAAACUUUAAAGCCAUGUAGCUGCGUCAUGAGGUGUAUGACAUUAUGAAAAUUUCUGUAGUGUUGAUUGUUUCUUUUUCCAUUUUUAUUUGUGUGCAUUCAUAUAUGGAAAUCAUAAGAUUUUUUUCUAUUAAUUUGCCUUGUGAUUGCAACAGCUGCCUAAAAGUGCCAGGAUAUUUAACUCGGGACAAUUACUUGACAGUUGGGUCAGUGGAAAAAAAUUACAAAUUAAUAAAAAAAAAGACACCACAAGAGUUGCAGAAUGAGAAUGUUCCCCCUCAUCUUAUCCCUCACAAGUUGUUGGCAAUCUAUGAACACAGAAUUGCUGUCCAAGGUUUCAUAUGGGGUAUCAACUCUUUUGACCAGUGGGGAGUUGAGUUAGGAAAGUCGCUGGCUUCCCAAGUCAGAAGGCAACUUCAUGCAUCUCGGAAAAAAGGAGAACCAGUUGAGGGCUUCAAUUUCAGUACAACAACAAUGUUAAAAAGAUAUCUAGAGGUAUGA